AUGCCAGUUGGAUCAGUUCUCGUCACCGGUGGAACCGGAUACAUCGGCGGCUUCACAGCCCUCGCCCUGCUCGAGGCCGACUACAAGGUCGUCAUUGUCGACAACUUGUAUAACUCGUCCGAGGAGGUCCUCAACCGUAUUGAGACCAUCUCCGGCAAGCGUCCCAUCUUCUACAAUGCCGACAUCACCGACGAGAAGGCCCUCGAGAAGGUCUUCGCCGACCAUCCCGACAUCGACAAUGUUAUCCACUUUGCUGCUUUGAAGGCUGUUGGCGAGUCUGGCGAGAUCCCCCUCGAGUACUGGCGCGUCAACGUCGGCGGCUCCAUUGCCCUGCUGCAAGCCAUGACCCGUCACAAUGUCACCAACAUCGUCUUCUCAUCGUCCGCUACAGUCUACGGCGAUGCUACACGCUUCGAAGGCAUGAUUCCCAUUCCCGAGACCUGCCCUCUGGGCCCCACAAACCCCUACGGAGAUACCAAGUAUGCCAUCGAGAAGCUCAUCGGCACUCACGUCGAGGCUCAGCGCAACAAUGCACAGAAGAAGGGCGAGUCGGGUGCCAAGUGGAACGGCGCUUUACUGCGCUACUUCAACCCUGCGGGCGCUCACCCUAGCGGCAUCAUGGGAGAGGACCCCCAAGGUAUCCCCUUCAACCUGUUGCCGCUGUUGGCUCAGGUCGCCGUUGGAAAGCGCGAGGAGUUGCUCGUGUUUGGUGAUGACUACGACUCAAAAGACGGCACCGCCAUCCGCGACUACAUCCAUGUCAUCGAUCUCGCACAAGGCCAUCUCAAGGCACUCAACUACCUGCGUGAGCACCAGCCCGGUGUGCGCGCAUGGAACCUCGGAACGGGCAGAGGGUCAACCGUCUUCGACAUGGUCAAGGCUUUCUCACACGCUGUUGGACGCGAUCUCCCAUACAAGGUUGUGGAUCGCAGACAGGGCGACGUUUUGAACCUGACAGCCAUGCCAAGCAGAGCCAACGAGGAACUCAAGUGGGAGACCAAGCUCUCACUCGAAGAUGCAUGCCGCGACCUGUGGAGAUGGACCGAGAACAACCCUCAGGGCUACAGGCAAUCGGCGCCGAAAGAAUUCGUGGAUGCAGCCAUCGCUGCGCGCAAGUAG